AUGAAAGUUUUCGAUCGUCGCAGGCAGUCGCCGCAAAAUAACGCCGAAAGUUACAGCAGCGAAGAACAGCGUCAAAUACGUCGUGAGGUGCAGCAUCGAAAGAUACAGCCGCGAACUACAGUUAAGAAAUACAGACAGAAGAAUCCAGGAACUGGUUUCAAGCGCCGUAUUGUACACAUUCAAAUUGUCCUGGCCAUUUAUUUGACAUGGAUUUCAUUGACUGCGAUUUAUGUGAUUAAUUUUGUGCCGGAUGCAACCUUCAAAAAAUCAGUUUUCAUUGCCGUAUUUAGCGCACUUACCAUACAGACACCCUAUCAGACGCUUCUCGGGCCAACACAAAUGCUUGUCCUCUUACUAACGAUUUUGCUAGCUGCAGCCGUCAAAAUGCUACUUAUAUUUUUGCUGGUAUCGUUGUAUGAAGGACACAGCAAGGCGGCACGCACAAGUAAAGUGAACGAUUGCAGCAGCAAUACGGAGCAAACAAAAUUCGACGCAGUGGUUCACCUGUCCGGCGAAACAAAACUUGCCGAAUGA